GCAGAUCAUAGGGCAGCCGCACUUGAAGGGUCCUUCUUGCUGGAGGUGACAUUCAGUUGCAGCAAAUAGCCGAUUGCGUAUUUUUCACGACUCUAAAGCAAACCACCAUGGCACAGGCAGUCCAGAAAUUUGUGGCCAAAGUACCUACUUUGAUCGGAGCCGCUGCCACCUACUCCAAGCCCCGGCUAGCGACCUUCUGGCACUACGCUAAAGUCGAGCUUGUGCCACCUUCCCCUGCCGAGAUUCCCCAGGCCAUUGCAGGAAUCAAGAACAUCCUCACCGGUGUCAACAGUGGACGCCUUGGACAGACGACAGUGAAGGAUGCAUUCAGAAAUGGAUUGGUCUGCACUGAAGUGCUGAUGUGGUUCUACAUUGGAGAGUGCAUCGGAAAAGGCGGCAUUGUUGGAUACGCCGUUUAAACCUUGUUCUGUUGCUGUUGUACGCUCUUACCUUCCACCUGUGGAGAUCAGUUAAUAAAUGUCCAUUGUUUAAAGAACUGUUGUACUCUUACCUUCCACCUGUGAAGAUCAGUUAAUAAAUGUCCAUUGUUUAAA